UGUUCGGCCCGCCCCGCGCCACGGCAGCGCGACCAGCGCAAGCGGCGCAAGCGCUCUGCACCGGCACAGCUCUCGCGGAGAGCGCGGAGCACCGCGGGAGCAGCGCGGGAGCAGCGCGAAGCCUCCCCCGCCCGCGACCGCGCGACCGGACCGGGCCACCGGAGGUGGUCUCACGCCGUGAUCGCGCCCGCACCGUGCGGUCAGUAGUGUGUGUGUGUGCGAGUGUGUGCAGUCGUCAGUGUGUCAGUGAUUACCAAGUGCAGUGUGCCAGUGCAGUCGCCAGUGCUCGUGUGUGCCGUAGUGUUGUCCAGUGCUCGUGGCUGGCAGGUGGUGUGGUGCUAGUGGGCGAUCGAGAUGUCGCCGCGGCCGCCGCGGCCGGCCGGCCUCCCGGACGCUGCUGUCCGCCGCCCGCGGUCCCGCGCCUCCCCGGCGUCGCCGCCGCCCCCCCUCGCGCACCUGCUGCACCUGCUCCCGGCUCUGAGCUGAGCGCAGCUGCGCCCGCCCACCGCAACCAUAGGAUACAGUGUUGUAGCGGCGCAUCUGUUGAGCAUCGGCAGCUGCGUCAGCUGCAGCAGGAGUAGCCGUAGCAGCCGCUCCCGUUGACACGGAGUCUGCCUCGCGGUCGCAGUAUAGCUGCGGUGGUCAACAAGCGCUCUGCGGCCUCAGAGGCCGUGAUGGUCUCCUCCCGGGCUUGGCCUGCCGGCGGGACGCUUGUACCGGCCGGUGGACGGCGCCCCGUGGACGACGCCCUCGCUGCAGCCGAAGCCGCUGUCGCCGCAGCUGCCGCAGCCGCCGCUGCAGCCGCUGCCGCCCAAGCCCGCGCGGGGCCUCCCGCCCCCCGCUGGGAUGGCUGAGGCCUGGGGGCGGCAGCCGCCGGCUAGGCGUCGUCGAGGUCGAGGAGGCCGUCGUCAGGGAGGAGCUGCUGGGGGUGGCGUCCUCGCCGGCGUCCUCGCCGUAGCCGGGGGCGGCGCCGUGGGGGCCGCGGCGGCCGAGGGUCUGUUUCGAAUGGUUGCGUCGCUGACUGCUGCGCGCGCGCAUCGCCAUGUGGUCCACGGGGAGCAUGGGCGCCCACGGGCAGAACAACCCAUGGAUGAAGCUCAUGGGCAUCGUGCAGAAGGAGCGUCGCCACCACGACUCCGGGGGGACGUCGCUCGCGCUCGCCCAGCUGCAGGCGCAGCAAGGCAACCAGUCGCUGCCCAAGCUCAGCAGCCAGGACGAGGAUGGCCCGACCCACGGUGGACAGUUGACGAGCGUAGCACACUUCGAGCCCAUCCCCCACGACCACGACUACUGUGAGCGAGUCGUUAUCAACGCCUGGGGUCCCGUGAGCUUUGCUAAAAUUUCAAUACUAAGAGUGCUACCAACUCGACAUGAGUAUCUUUAG